UAUAUUUUCCACCUCUCUUCCGGCAGUUAGUAAUACAAACUAUGAGAACGCCGCCGUUCGUGAUAAGUGUUUACCAUCUGCGAAAAGUGGUUCCAGUAGUAAGAGAAGUGUCUUCGCAACAGGAAAGGGCUGAGCUUGACGCCAGGGCUAGGCAGGGCCAGACUGUGGUCCUUGGAGGAACUGGUGGCAAAACUCUAGAAGCCCAGGAACACCUUGCUGAAGGGAGGAGCAAAGGCGGGCAGACAAGGAAGAAGCAGAUAGGGCAUGAAGGGUACCAGGAGAUGGGUCGCAAGGGCGGGCUUAGCACAACCGACGAGCCGGGAGGAGAACAUGCGGCUCGGGAGGGAAUUCCCAUUGCUGAGUCUAAAUACAAAACCAGAUCAAGCUCGACAUGAUCAGUUCUACAGACCUAGAAGCUACAAGAUGAUAUUUGUAAUAUAUACAAGUGUAGUGUGCACGAUAAUAGUUGUACGUAGCAGAUCUU